CACCGGGUUUCCUGUUCCUUCAAGAUAGAGAUGCGAUCAAAAUCACCAGAAAGUCAGAACUAGCAUUCCGAUUUCCGAAUUCGAGCAGAGCAACAGUUUUGAGCUGCAAUGGCGACGGCGGAGAAGCAAGUGAUGAUCGUCGGGAUCGACGACAGCGAGCCCAGCAUGUACGCGCUGGGGUGGACGAUCAAUCACUUCUUUGUUCCUCUCGGAGCCAACUCUCCAUUCAAGCUCGUCAUCGUUCACGCCAAACCUUCUCCUACUUCUGCCAUCGCUUUCGUCGGACCAGGAGCUGCUGAGGUUCUUACGAUAGCACAAUCCGAUUUGAAGAGGUCGGCGGCAAGAAUUGUAGAGAAGGCCAAGGAAUUGUGCUCUAAAAAAUUGGUGACUGAUGUUACAGUUGAAGUGCAUGAGGGUGAUGCUAGGAAUGUGCUUUGCGAGGCUGUAGAAAAACAUCAUGCCUCUAUACUGGUUGUGGGAAGUCAUGGUUAUGGAGCUAUUAAAAGGGCGUUUCUUGGCAGUGUUAGUGACCAUUGUGCUCAUCAUGCUCAUUGCACUGUGAUGAUCGUAAAGAGGCCUAAAACCAAACACUAAGCCACUACAUAUCUACCUCUGAAACAAAAUAUGUAACACUCAAGGAGCAGCUGUUGUAGCUUAUUGUUUGUCACCUAAUACCCUUGAUGGUGAACAUUACUACAACUGUUUGCAAUCGAGUGUAGCUGCAUUCCAUUUUAUCUCCAUGUGCACAAGCACGUUUAGUUUCCUAUUAAGCAUGUGAUGCAUCUGUAAUAUUUCUGGUGUUAAUGAAUACAGUAUAUGACUAUUAUAAU